AUGAAAAUAGAUGUCUAUAGUACUUCUGUUUUGUGGUAUAGGAAACCUAGAAAAACUUUAGAUGAUGGGUUGACAAUAAUUGAAGAAGAUGUUGAUGUAUAUACCAUGAUAUGUGACUAUGAAGGUUUAGAUGUGAUUCAACUAUAUGCAGAGAAGGGUCAGGACCCAUUACAAGUGGCACUGACUGGGAAUGACAUGGAAAAUAUGGAUUGUAGAGAUGGAAUGCAAGAUGUAGGUGAUGAGGAAAUGCAUAAUGGAGAUGGGGAUGAAGGAGCAGCAGAUGAAGAUACCGAAGAUGAGGAAAUGGAUAACAAAGCUUGGGAUGAAGAAGAUAGUGAUGAUCCUGAUUACAUGGAUGAUGGGAAUGUUGAUAGUGGUUCAGAAGAUGAAGACUAUGAAAGUGAUGAACCUGGAUUUGUUGGAGGAUGUAGGCCCAUUAUAGGAUUGGAUGGGUGUCAUUUGAAAGGAAUCUAUGGUGGACAAUUAUUAUGUGCACUUAGAAGGGAUGACAACAAUAACUAUUUUCCAAUUUCAUGGCAACUGUUGAGGCAGAAAGUAAAGAUUCUUGGGUGUGGUUUUUAA